AAACCGGAAAUAGAUACCUAGAAGCAAUAAGUCUACAUUCACAAUUAUUUCAAUAUUUCUUCAUGAUAAAUGUCAUAUAUUUGGUGUUAUUUCAGUAGGUAUUGACUUCAUGUGUUGGGAUAUUGACACCGCUGAGUACUGCUUGACAGAUUGAUCUUUAAUCUAUCUACCCGUAAAGGUGAGAAAAUUGGACAGGUGUCAAAAACUUAGUCAUUCAGGAUGGACUCAGGAUGUGUUUAUUUAUAAUCGGUCAUUAGUAUAGGAAUGAGAUAAUUUUGAGUACCACGUGUCAUUUCAAAAAAUGUGUACUCGAAGUCAACAUGGGUGUGUCGAUGAGGGGUCGUGAUAUCUGGGUGGAUUGUUCGUUAAGGAAUGGGGAGUUCCUCCUCUGUGCAACUGUCACUGCUAGGUCUGGAUUCGUCCGGCAAAACCACCAUCUUGUACCGCAUGAAGUUUGACCAAUACACAAACGCCACCCCUACCAUCAGUUAUAACUGUGAAACCAUCAAAGCCAAGGAGGGUCGAGCUAAAGGCAUCACCUUUAAGAUUUGGGAUAUUGGGGGACAAGACAACAAAAGACCUUUGUGGAAUCAAUACACGCGCUCCUCUGAUGGAAUUAUAUUUGUGGUAGACAGUGUAGACAGGGAAAGACUUGAAGAAGCUAAGUUAGAACUCAUCAGGCUACUUAAAAAUGCAGACAAUCACAGGCUACCCCUUCUUGUUAUUGCCAACAAACAGGACUUGCCGCAUUCCCUGGACAUCAGUGAAAUUCAGACGUUGUUAGGACUACGGGAUCUUCACCCUGGACAAGUGUGGUCAAUCCUGGGAGCCUGUGCUAUUACAGGGGAAGGGCUACCAGAAGCAAUGGAUGCUAUGUAUGAACUGAUAGUGAAAAAGAAAAGUUUAAAGAAAAAGAAAUGAUGGAAAGGCCACAAGUUAUCAUGUGUUGUGAAAGUCAGCUAUUUAUAUCACAAAGGAUAUUUUACAGAAAUUAAGUUUAUCUAUGAUUUUUAGUGCAAUUUUGCUUAAAAGGGGGUUGUAUUUUGCAUGUGUUUAGAGAUAUUGUUUUGAGAUUUUAAUUGUAUUUAUAAACAAAUUUGUUUAUUUUGCUUGUUUAUUUUUUUUCUAAUUAUAGAUGUACUACCCAUGCAUGAAUAUACCAAAGUAUAAAAACUAGUAUACAUCAAUAUAUAUUUUUAAUACAAUUCAGUAUGCUUAAUAUCUUGAACAUCUUGUGUAAUUAGUGCUUGACAAUGUAUUCAAUUUCACUAAAUUAUGUAAAUCGCAAACAUUAAGAAUUCAUUUAUUUACUAGAUCAUGGACCUAGACAAUAUUUCAUUACCAAUUCAUUGACCAGAGUCAACUGCCAAAAUGUUGCCUGUCUGUUAACAUGUGCUUGUUAGACAUAAAACAGUGACAGUGGAAAUGACUAGCAGCUUAAUCUGACAAGAAGCCCAGCUUUAUAACUGCCUUGUAUUGGUUUUGACUGUCUUAUAUCAAUCUGUUCCACUCUGCCUUCAGGGAUAAAAAAAAAAAAAUACAUGUUAGCUUCACCAUCUAUACACUAGUUCAUUUCGAAUUGAAUUUAUUGACGCAGAUUCUACCUCUCAUAUCUAGGCCUAUCAUUUUCUAUUGUUUUGUAUCCAUGUACAUCUAUGUGUGUGAUUAUUUUUUCACAUUCCAAAUAAUCUUUUACGAAGACUUCCGUGUGCUGCUUGUUUAUAAAUUUUUUUAUUUUUUUUUUAUGUGAUUCUUGAUAUUGCUGAAAAUUGCAUUCUUCAAAUUAUUUUCUGCCAGUCAUGCUAUUGUGAUACAGUAUUACUAAUAAUGUCGUAAAUUCAAAGUUUUCACAAAAAUAGAAUUUAUAAGUUAUUUUUUAUAUACACCAUUAACUAAUAAACUUGCUGAUAAACUUGUUGAUAAAUUAGCUGAUGUCUAAUUCUGAAGUCACAGCAUAGCAAAUAUUAUUUUAAUUUGAUAUUUGAAAAUUUGUUUAACACUUAGAUGUUAGCAAAUUGCUUUUUACUUUGAAGUGGGGGAAACAAAACAGAGAUUUUACCAUAAAUAUGAUGUUUUUCAAACAGCACUUUUGGAAUUUAAGAUAUUUUAAAACUGAUAGUCAACAUUGACCAAUUACAAUUCCAUUAGUAUGAAUGGAGGGGCAGACAUAAUUUACAUAGUUUGUGGGCAUUUAAUAAUAGGCUUAACAGGAACAUUUGGGAUUUAACUUGGAAAAUUGUUUAUUUAGCUAUAGCAGAGAAUUGACAGACAUUGCAUGUUUAAACAGUAUAUAAACACAGAACGUAUAUAAUAAUCUAAUUCUCUCUUUUAUACAUGUACUUUGUGUGCAAAAUUAUUUCAGUUAUGCAUAUUUUAAAAAAGGAAUGUAGAUGGUACUAUUAUUAAUGUUAACUUUUUUUUGUUUUUGUUAUAGAUUUUGAAAGUAAACAUGACACAAUCAGACUGCCAUAUUUUGGGAAAUAUGUCAUGAAUUGUCAAACCAGAUUUUUAACCCCUGCAAAAUAUUUGAUAUAGAUCUGCUAGAAAUGUUUUAAAUCACUUGUAUGAAAAUCAUUAGGAGCUAUUUACUAGACAACCUUUAAGGCCUAGUUAUUGUGGGCAUAUGUUUAAUUUGUUAAAAUUUGAUUAUAAUCAUAUAUUGUUAUGCUAAGAAGGAAAUCCUUAUCUUCUUUGUUAAUGUUUGUUUGUAUUCAACAUUUGCAUCAUUUUGUUACACAUGCUGUACUCAUCACAAAUUUUAUUAAGUUAUCUGCAAGAUGACAAUGAAUAGCAUUAUUGCUUGUUCUAAUUUUUAUUAAAGAAACUGAAAAUAAAUAAA